AUGGCCCCUAGGACAGUCACGAUAACAAGUACAGUGGAAUUCACCGCGUUGGCAACAGCAGCCAGCAACGAACCAAGUUCAACGUCUCUGUACCUACCGGCACAAACAACACCCUUUUCGUACGAUGGCCCAGGAUGCACCCCAUCAGUUUACUGCGCCGACCUGACCACGGUCGUCUACCCGCAGACAUCGUACCAGUUUGGUGUCAGCCUCUGCUUUGGCGUCAACGCCGUCGAGAGUGUCGUGGCGCUGAGCACGGGCGUCUACAUGGCGUACAACAACUUUUGCAUGCCCGAGAACUACUACGAGCUCUUUGGCGACCAGCGCAAGCAGGCCGUCUACGACUGGCCGCACGCCACGUCCGAGGGCGCGCGGUCCACCCUCGCCUACCCGGGGACGGCCUGCCCGAACCAGUGGAGCGCGGCCUGCACCACGACGCUCACGCACGAGGGGCUGCAGUACCCGCAGGCGUGGUGCUGCCCGCCCGGCGACUGGCAGUGCACGUCGGGCGUGGGCCCCAUGGACGCCACGGCCGGCCCGCAGAGGCUCUGCGUCAGCGCCGUGAGCGAGCCCACCGAGGUGUGGAUGAGCUUUGAUCCCGCGACGACGCUGAGCAACGGCCAGGAGGCCGCCACCUGGCACGUUCCCGUGUCCGGCAACGGGGCGCUCGUCUAUCACAAGGUCUUUCCGCUAUCCUUGACCGAGGGGGCUGGUUUCGCCGAGAGAGGCGAGGCGACCUACACAACCGCAGUGGAGACGACGGCGCCGUCGCCGGACUCCUCGUCAAGCCUUGGUGAGGUGACAGUGACGGCGUUCCCGGUCGAGGCCCCGGGUAACGAGUCCAGGGUAUCAACAGUCGCCGCGACGGGCACCAUGGCGGGGGCUGUGGCUGUAGUUGGGUUGGCUACUUGGGCUCUACUUCGGCACAAGAGACGACGACAACACGCCAAGGUGCAAGAAGCAUGUUAUACACCCCCGGAUAGGACUCGAACUGUCCGCGGCUCGGCCAAGAGUGAUGGUUCUGUUUUCAACAGAGGUCCAGACAGCGCUGCAAGUUCUUGA